UUGAACAACCGCCGCCGAUCAGCUGAUCAGCCGCCUGUUUAAACCGGCGACAGAACCGGUUCCGAUUCGGUCUCACAAAGCGGGUCAGGUCUUUAGGAGCACUUCCGGUCAGCCUGACGUUAGGUGCGUUCGAGACGACUGCGGCUGCGCGCACGGGGCCUUUCUCAUCUCCCACAGUUCUGCCUCCUCGCGAGCUCGAGGAGUCGAGGAAACAAGCAUGUCAGUCAGGUGACAUCACGGUGACCCCAGCAAACAGGAAGUGCUCCGCUGUCACAGGAAGUGCCCGAAAGGUCAAAGACAACGCCGCCGACUGGCACAACCUGAUGAUGAGGUGGGAGAAACUCAACGAGGACGGAUUCAGCGUGGCGGGAAACAUCGCCAACAUGAGGCGGACACGGUCUCAGAGCGAUCGGCUUCUGCUGGACGACGAGUCUUCAUCAUCAUCCUCCUCCUCCUCGUCUUCAUCAGCUCCGUGGCAGCAGGCGGGCGAAGCUGCGGCGCUGCAGGACGAAUGCCGCAAACUGCAAGACGUCAUCGACAAAAUGGUUGUCGUGGUGACGAAGAUGGAGCGCUUGAUGACAUCACAGCGUGGCGUUCAGGAUCUGGAGGAGUUUCAGUUCGGACCUGAAGGAAGAAAGUUUCCUCUGUUUCACAGCUGGAGCAGCAAACACUUCGAGGACUCGUCUCGUUUCCUGCUGCGGUGCUUCAGUCGGGAGCUGAAGCUGAAGCAGUUGAUCCUGCAGGAACUCGCCCACGCCGCGACCUCCGACCUCUGCAUGGUCUACCUGUCCUGCUGGCUGCACCAGCCCUUCGUCCCCCCCCAGGCCAGACUGACCCUGGAGGCCCUGCUGCUGGAGACCGGCCACCGCACGCUGUGAUGUCAUACGGACAGGAGUUAGCUUAGCUUAGCUCGGACCGCAGGGGAGCUGGUGAGCAGCUGCAGAAACAGCAGCAGGCGGAUCCACUUCCUGAGGCUGCGGGCGAACUGCGACUCUUCGAUACGAGGGGAUCGUCCGUUUCCUGUCACCUGUGGUCCUCAGGUGUGUUUCUGUCGGAGCAGCGCCGGUCUCCAGAUUCACUCUGAAUGUUUUUGUUAACUGACAUUUGUUGCUGUAACAGUAAAGAUAGUUUCUGAAGAACAAAGUGUCACCGUGUCCAUCAAACUGCUCGCCGCUCUGCCGUAGCUGCACGCCGUGCCGGAAGGUUACUUUGGAAAUGUAAUGGAUGAUUACAAGUGAUUAAAAAUGCAGAGUGAUGUAACUUA